CUAACAUUCCCUUUAGCUGUGGGCGUCCCUGGACUGCUAUACCACUCCCCACUACUCACUGAGGACACUGAGGAUGUCCUGUUACAUCUGUGUGUGUGUGUUAAUGAGAAAUGGGAGGGUAGACACUCCAGGCUGCCUGAAUGCUCAGAUAGCCCUCAACAUUAGAGCUGGAAGGAGUCAUCUUGUGUCUGCAGGCAUCACACGCGAAACAAACUCUCCAGGAGACAACAAGGCCUCAGGAGGGACCUGCCCCUCUUCAUCUCAGCACACUCAUCACCACAGCGAGACCAUGAGCGCUCACGAGCACAACCACUCAUUAGACUACUUCAAUGGCACGCCAUGGUUUGUCUACGAGUGCACCAUCCACCUCGAUGCGGACUACCGGCGCAUCGCCCUCUUCCUGCUCUACCUGUUUGUCUUCAUGGUGGGCCUGCUGGAGAACAUGCUGGUCAUCUGGGUGAACUGGCGUCGGCGCCACUCGGCCAGCGGGGUUCUCUUCUGCAUCAUCAACGUGACCCUGUCGGACCUGAUGGUGAUUGUGAUCUUGCCCUUCUUCAUGAUGGAGGUGACCAUGGACAGGGUUUGGCUGUGGGGUCGCUUCCUCUGCAAGGUCACCAACCUCAUCUACGUGGUCAACUUCUACAGCAGCUCCUUCUUCCUGGCCUUCAUGACCCUGGAGCGCUAUCUGUCCCUGACCAGACCCUCGUGUCCGGCCCUGUUCCCUGUGGUGGGCCGGCGGCGCUGGCUGCUCUGCGGAGGCCUGUGGGUGUUCUCCUUUUUCCUGGCUCUGAUGGAGAACGUCCACGUGGACCUUCUGGAGUGGGACGAGCCUGGCUGCUACAUGCUGCCCGAGCACAACUACAUCGAGUGGUUCGUCUCCGUGGCGUUCCUCUGCAUGGUCUUCCAGUUCCUGGGCCCUGCUGCCGUCAUCAUCACCUGUAAUGUGCUGAUCGCUCGAGCUGUUCAAACGGCUCCGGAUGUUCAAGGCCGGCGGGACGUGUGGCUGGUGCACGUGUACUCCCUGGUGUUUGUCCUGUGCUGGCUGCCUUACCACCUGGUCAUGUUCCUUAUGAUCAUAGACGACCUGGACCCCUAUGUCUUCAGCUGCAACACAGUGGAGGUCCUGUACUUCUCUUACAGCGUGGUGCAGGGCCUGUCUCUUCUCCACUGCGUCGCCAACCCCAUCCUCUACAACUUCCUCAGCAAGAGCUUCCGCAACAACCUGAUCAACACGGUGGUGAACUACAUACCCAGAGACGGGACUGUGGUGGACCAGGUGGCAGCAGGAAACCAGCCCAACGCUCCGAACGGGGGCGGGGGAGCCAUGGGGAAGCAGCGCAAGUUAAGUAACGCCAGCACGAGCCAGUCUGAUGUUGGAUCAUAAGAAAGAAGCUGAGAUGAGAGUAGAGUAAGCUUCAGGAGCAAGACAUUUUUUUUUCUAAGAGAAGAUUUGACAGAACUGAAUCUGGUCUUGGUGCUUCAGAAAACCAGAGGCACAGGUCGUACAACGGAUCAUCUCACUCUGGUCACAGAUGCAUUGUGCUGUUUGUUAUGCAACAGAUUGGCUCGCCAACACCUUCCUCUCAUAACCCACUUCCUGUUUUGUUUUUUUUCUCUCUCUCUUUUUUUUAUGAUGUAUCUGUUCAGAGAGACAGAGGAAGGCAGGAAAUGUUUGAUGUCUUUUUUUUUUCCCCCCCUCAAAGCUGCUCAGCUCCCACAGGAACUCAUGACAAACUCCAAAAUUUCAUGGCACAGAGGAAGAACUGUGCCACACCAGGAAUGUGUGUAAACAGAUCUGCUGUCUGUCCAGUGCCAGAUAAGAGACAUCUUCAUAUCCAUGUUAAACAUCUUGCAAAUGUAACUAGAUAGACCAGAUUCUUAUCCCAUAACAACAGAUAAAUUAUAGCUCACACUUAUCGGUUUCUGGAUGUUGCUAUAGUCUGCAAGUUCUGUUAAAAUCCAAUAAAACUCCCUCAAACACUGUUUGUAUCCAUCUGAGCUGGAAAACCUGGGUCGA